UUUUGCACGGUGAUUUUUUUCCGCUCCCCAAAUUAGUCGUCUUUAUGAAUACCAGCGGUUAAUAACGCUGAAGGAAAAUCAAUAGUCACCAUGAAAUUGACUUGUCUGUCAGCCAAUCCAAGCAAACCUUGUUUCAUCCUUCACUUCAAAGGUGUGACCUUUAUGUUGGAUUGUGGUCUGGAUGUGAGAGAAAUACUGAAAUUCUUACCACUGCCUGUUGUACACAAUGCAAGAUUAUCCAACUUAAAAGGAUGGACAUCCUCUGAAGACAAAAGUGAAGAAAAUGUCUUGUUGGAACAAGAGCUGAAGCAAUGUGGUGGAAAUGUAUUUGUAGAUGGAAUGAUUGAAUUCUCAAUACCAGAGGUGAGCAUUACAGAUUUGUCCCAGAUUGAUGCUAUCCUGAUCUCUAAUCACAACACAAUCCUUGCUCUUCCUUACAUCACGGAGUACACUGGCUUCAAGGGUAUUGUCUACUGCACUGACCCUACUCUUCAAAUUGGGAGACAAUACAUGGAAGAGUUGGUGACGUAUAUAGAGAGGACCCCAAAAUCUAAAGUCUGUACUCAGUGGAAAGCUGAUCAUAUCCUGAAGUCGUUACCUCCCCUCCUCAGAGAUACAGUACGUCCUCGUAUGUGGAAGAAAUGUUACACGAGGCAUGAUGUUAACUCCAGUCUGGCUCGUGUCCAGGUUGUAGGCUACAAUGAGAGAAGGGAUAUCUAUGGUUCCCUGACAGUGCUGGCUUGUAGCUCUGGGUACAGUAUAGGCAGUUGUAACUGGGUAAUCAGCUCAGAGUAUGAAAAGAUCUGCUAUGUAGCUGGCACAUCAACAUUAACCACCCACCCUAAGCCGGUGGAUCAGGCACCCCUUAGGAACAGUGACCUUCUUAUUCUAGGAUGUCUAACACAGACACCGACUGUCAACCCUGACGCCAUGAUUGGAGAGUUCUGUGUAAAUGCAGCUGUAACCCUGAAGAAUGGAGGCAAUGUCCUAGUACCCUGUUAUCCAUCAGGGAUUACCUACGACCUUUUUGAGUGUUUAAGUGGCCAUCUGGACACUUGUGGACUGAGCACCAUACCCAUGUACUUCAUGUCUCCUGUCUCUGAUAGUGUCCUGGCUUUCUCAAAUAUUUUUGCUGAGUGGUUAUCUACAGUGAAACAGUCCAGAGUUUACCUCCCUGAGCCCCCAUUCCCACACGCAGAGUUGGUGACACUAGGCAGACUGAAACACUUCAACAACAUACAUGAUGGUUUGAACACAGACUUUAAGACACCGUGUAUCGUUUUUACCGGUCACCCAUCUCUGAGGAUGGGUGACGUUGUCCACUUUAUUGAGAUGUGGGGGAAGUCUUCUGGGAAUACGAUUAUAUUUACAGAACCAGACUUUCCAUACCUAGAAGCUUUAGCACCCUAUCAACCCAUGCAGAUGAGGGUGUGUUAUUGUCCUAUAGACACUAGCCUUAAUUAUGGCCAGGCUAAUAAACUGAUAAAGGACCUGAAACCUACACACCUGGUAGUUGCAGAGAAUUACACACAUCCUCCAGUCUCCAUGCCUCAUCGCACAGAGUUUGUCAUUGAAUGGGAACCUGGCCCCCUGACAUACAAACGUGGGGAGGUUGUGUCACUGCCUAUUAAACGUCAGUUUGAGUCGGUGGAGCUGAGCUCUGAGCUUGCAGCAUCAUUGGAACCAUCAGAAGUGAAGCCUGGUACUAGUCUUUGUAUGGUCACAGCAUCGCUCGUGGUCAAAGACAACAAAUAUCUGUUAAAACCAUUGUCAUCCGAGUCUUUAUCUAUAAAAAGACGAGCUGAUGGUUCACUGAUACGACCAAAAUCGUACAUAUGGGGAAAACUCAACAUUCAGUCUUUUGUAGAUGCACUCACUAAGCAAGGUAUAACAGAUAUCAAGGUGGAAAAUAUUGGUGAGGAUGGCUCCAUCAUACACCUGUCCAAUGAUGAUACACUGAUACAAGUAGAGUCGGACUCUACACACAUCAUAUGUGAGGGUGAAGAGGCAGUCCGGACAAAACUCAGGGACACCUUGCUCAAGUGUCUCCACAAACUGUGACAGAAAAGGAUGAAUGAGACAUGUUAACUCACAAACACCCUGUUCAAAUGUCCCAACAAAUUAUGAUAGAGGCUUAGAUCAUUAUCAUCACUAUCAUUAUCAUCAUUAUCUUCAUAAUUACACAUCAUUAUCAUCAUUAUCAACAUUCUCAUCAUCAUUAUCAUCAUUAUCAUCAUCAUUACACAUCAUUAUCAUCAUCAUUAUCAUCAUCAUCAUCAUCAUUACACAUCAUCAUCUUUAUCAACAUUUUCAUCAUCAUUAUCAUCAUUAUCAUCAUCAUUACACAUCAUUAUCAUCAUCAUUAUCAUCAUCAUCAGCAUUAUCAUUAUCAUCAUUAUCAUCAUCUUUACACAUCAUCAUCAUUAUCAUCAUCAUCAUUAUCAUCAUUACACAUCAUCAUCAUCAUCAUCAUCAUCAUUAUCAUCAUCAUCAUCAUUACACAUCAUCAUCAUCAUCAUUAUCAUCAUUAUCAUCAUCAUUAUCAUCAUUAUCAUCAUCGUUACACAUCAUCAUCAAUAUCAUCAUCAAUACACAUCAUCAUCAUUAUCAUCAUUAUCAUUAUUAUCAUCAUCAUUAUCAUCAUCUUUGCACAUCAUCAUCAUCAUCAUUAAGAUCAUUAUCAUCAU